AGAGCUAAAUCCAAAACCCUCCCUCCCUCUCUCUCUCUCCAAAGCGUACACCGUCUCUCUCUAAUUUCCGGCGGAAGAAGAAGAGAUGGGCAAGGGUCCAGGUCUUUACUCCGACAUCGGCAAGAAAGCUAGAGAUCUUCUCUACAAGGACUACCAAUCCGAUCAUAAGUUCACCGUCACCACAUACACUUCCAAUGGAAUGGCCAUUACUUCAACGGGAACUAAGAAAGGCGACUUUUUUUUGGCUGAUGUGAGCACCAAGUUGAAGAACAAAAACAUCACAACUGACAUAAAAGUGGACACGAAGUCCAAUCUUCUCACAACCAUUACUGUGGAUGAACCUGCACCUGGACUGAAGACGAUCUUUAGCUUUGUUGUUCCCGACCAAAAAUCUGGCAAGGUGGAACUUCAGUACUUGCAUGAGUAUGCUGGAAUUAGUACUAGCAUUGGUCUUACUGCAAGUCCCAUUGUCAACUUCUCUGGCGUGGCUGGGAACAAUAUGGUUUCUUUUGGGACUGAUCUCUCAUUCGACACUGCUACUGGAAACUUCACCAAAUGCAAUGGUGGAAUAAGUUUCUCCACAUCCGAUCUAGUUGCUUCGUUGACAUUGAAUGAAAAAGGUGACACCCUUACUGCUGCUUACUAUCACACAGUUAGCCCUUUGACCAAUACAGCUGUUGGUGCGGAGUUGACCCAUAGCUUCUCAAGCAACGAGAAUACUCUCACCAUUGGGACACAGCAUGCAUUGGACCCCCUAACCACAGUAAAGGCUCGGGUGAACAACUAUGGCAAAGCAACCGCUCUCAUUCAGCAUGAGUGGCGUCCAAGAUCCCUCUUCACCAUUUCGGGAGAAGUGGACACCACAGCAAUUGAAAAAAGUGCCAAGGUUGGAUUAGCUUUGGCUCUUAAGCCAUGAAUUUAGCAAUCACCCCCUGUUUUGAGUGGAAGGCUGGCCGGCUUUUUGUAUGCUGCAGAGCAAUAAAGUAGGAAGAACGACUUUAGAACAGUCGUGUGGUGGUAUUGGUUCCCUUAAACCUCGGUGGUUUUAUGGAUUUGUAUUAGAUAACCUUUGGCCGGCGGAACGAACCAGUAGAACCAUUUUUCUUCACAUUUUUUCCAUUGAUCCAUUAUAAGUUUAAUGCUGGAUUAAUUUUUCGAACUGAAAUCUUUUAAUGUGGCACACAACUUGAUACAUUUUGUUUCCUGUACUUCAAGCUUCAUAAACAUAUGGCUCGUGCUGUAGUGUAGUUGGACACAAAAUCCACUGGCUUGUUGAAGAACAGGUUUAGAAUCCAGUGGUGAUGCUGCAUCGGCAAUAUGAUUUUAUGUGGUAUAAGUGUCUGAUACACUUUUAGACGCAACUUGUCGUUCAAUCUUUGUAUCUAUAGCUAUCUAGCGUAGUACACGGAAACAGUAUUUCCACUUGCAAGGUAAUUUUGCAUAUGCUUGACCCUCAAUUCAGCAAUGGGAAGGUCCUUUGUGCAGUGGAUCGCCCUUUUCACCUGGUUUAGUGUCACUUCCUAAUUGACUUGAGUGCAGAAUAAUGGGUCUUAGUGACACCUUGCACCAAGGCAUGUCAUGAGUUGGAAGCAAUGUAAUACGGCUAAGGUGUUCGAUAGAUUGUGAGCACUAUAGCGGCCAUGUGACUACGUGAGUAUGACAAUGUGUGGCGGGUUCAAUUGAGGUAAUAUUGGUGCAUAACUCUGAAUUGCAUGGCAUGGAUUGGACCCAGCAGGUUUGAUGGCUCGUGGGCAAGGACUAACUGCUGAAUUGAAGGCACUUAGUUGGCACAUGACUAGCACAUGCAUGUGACCAAACAAUUGAAGACAGUUGCUGUACAAGACUUGGUCAAGGAGGGCAGUUGUUGGCGGAUAAACCAUAACCUAGUCAUGGGCAAGCAAAAAGAGGCCGUUACCACUUCAGGUGCUGAAAUGGGAGAAUUACAUGUUAGUUGUCGAGCAGAGAAACAGCCUGGCUAAAAUUCAAUAUAAGGUUUGGGAGUACUUUCUUUGUAAUUUCAUGUGUGGCCUUUGUGUGAGUGUCUAUGUUCCUAUAUUC